GGAUCAUUGAAACCAUAGGAUACGAUUUCGAACUCGAGCACGAUUAACGCGCCAUUUCACAUUUUUAACAUCAAAACUCAAAUUUCCAAAUUUCGUUAAAAUGCCAUUCGCACCGGGUGAUAUUAUCCAAGACUACGAGGAGCCAUUUCUCAAAUAUUUGAUAGCUUCAUGCAAAAGUUCUCGAUGCAAUAACUGUUUUAAGCAGGAUGAGUAUUUACAACAGUGUCAAAAAUGCAAAAAGGUCUACUACUGCAGCGAUGAAUGCAGUGAAACCGACAGGAAACGAGGCCAUUCACUCGAGUGUAAACUGAAUGAUAAGUAUCCUCAAUUGUUGUGUGUUAAUGACAGCACGGACCAAAUUAUAAGACUGAUGUGCUACCUUAGACUGGACCAAACGGUUGCCAAGAAAAAAUCUCAACUGUACAACGGGUCGCAACGGUGCUUCAAUGACCUGCAAGAUCAUUUCAACGACUUAAAAAAUAAUUCGGAAAUUUCAAAGUCUAUGAAAUCAUUGGCUGCGAAAUUAAGCGCCUCCGGAUUGUUCUCGACAGUGGAAUGCAGCUAUGAUGGAAUGAUGCGAAUGUACGGCGUCUGGAAAGUAAACGCAUUCUCCAUUGCCAAUGAGGAUGAUACGGAAAUUAUUGGCUCUGCUCUGUACGUGCUUAGCUCAACAAUUGAUCAUUCAUGUCGGCCGAAUGCCAUCCGCGUAAUGGACGAAUCGUUUCGCAUGCAGAUUCGUUGCAUUUACGCCAUUAAUGAUGGAGAUGCACCGAGGAUCACAUACUUAGCAGGUAUGCGUGACAGAAAAAAACGGCAAAAGGAGCUAAAGGAACGUUACCACUUCGAUUGUGGAUGUGUGUCGUGCGAGCUAGAAAAACGAUACUCGGAUGUCGAUUAUCGUGCAUUGGCCGCGAGGUGCGAUGCGUUCAGAAGAAAGGACAUUCACUCUGAUGCUGAGCUGAAUGAGGCUAAGAAUAUCUUGAAAGAAAUGGCAAAGCUCUUUUGGCCGUACGACGAACGGAUAACGAACUUCUAUUAUGACGCACUAUCACGUCUGUUGGCUACAUUAUGGGGGCCAUACAAUCCUAAGCCGACGGUUGCGGAUGUGAAGAGAUUCGCCGAGCAGGUUGAAGAGAGAUUGCGUAUUACGUUCGGGACGGAUCACAGAGACUACAAAUAUUUCAGUGAAACAAUUGCUCCUAGACUUGAACGGAUGUUGUAGGUUUGGUUUGUUUCGUGCACUUGGUGACAAUUUUUUUCUUGUAAAAACCGUUGCUGAAUUUUAAAUCAUUUAUCUGUAAAACCAUCAUUGUUAUUUAUACAUCCUGACAAUUUCUAUGUUAAAUGAAUGCAAUUUUCAUCCAUUUUGAGUUAGCCGCAAUAUUGUAAUUUGAAUGAUAAAACGAUUAUACAGACACUCUAAAUAAAAUGCGCAUUUUUUAC